AGAAGAAGAACCCCUUUCACAAGAUGGAAACUUUUCCGUAAGUCACAAUUCAUUUUUAUCGUUUUACCAUUUUGAACGUUUGGCGAAACUGCAUGUAUGGAGGUUUGGAGGGGGUUUGGGGAAGGAGUGACACGCACCCCCGUUUGGCAGCUUGGCGUCUUCGUUGAGAGAAUCUAUCUCGCUUAGUGAUUGAAACAUGCAUUCAACGCAGGCUGCUCGAUAUAGCAUUGUGUGGACUGAUGCACAGACGAUAUUGGCUUUAACCAUAUAUGCACAGAGGCACAGACUUUGAUCAGACGGACUUUUUCGACAGUCAUAUAGUCAAAAAAACAUGUCAUUUUUAAAUUUUGAGGCAAAAACAUGAUUUGAUCCAAAAAUGUUUGGACGGGCAGAGAGGGGCAACAAAUUCUAGUUUGGCAAGCGGUGCCCCCACGCCCCUCUUUGCUUUAUGCCUGUAUUCCUUUCGUGACUAUCAAGUGUGUGGCGCUGUGUCUGAAUGAUCUAAAUAAAGCGCUUUGCGUCAAUGUUGAAUGAGUGGCAGGGCAAGGCAGGGAUGCAUGCUACAAAGAGAAAAGAAAUAAAGGCACGCUCCAAGGUCUUUGAAACUAAAUUGAAUUGAGAACCUGCAGUACUGAAUGCUAUUUCAUUUUCACUGGUCGUAAGUCAAGUUCUGACGUCAAUACUCUAGUAGAAAACAGAAAACGGCUAUUCUGGAAUAAAGAUUCGGCAAAAUCAGCACGUACGAAGCUAGUGGAUGAGAAGACAGCGAAAUAUCACAUAAACACGUUGUAAGAUAAUGUUGCAACGCUUUGCUUUAAGACUUUAGCCAAAAUUAGGUAUAGGAGAAUUUCAAUCUGCCAUGCAUGUAAUGUUGCAGGAAACUGCUACAAUUAAACACGGUUCAAUGAUUCUACUUUUAGAUUUUUUAUUUUUGUUCCUAUCAAAAUGAGUUCGUUGGGAUUAAUGUUUGCAUUAUUUUCAUAAAGUGAUUAUCUUUAAAAUUGAUUGUUAUAUUUCUUCAUUAUUAAUCAAAUUGUCGAUAAAUUGCUUUGAGUGCCUUUUCGAAGCAUAGGACCAGUUCAUAUGAAAGCGAGCUGGCCGGCUAGGCAAGCUAGGUCUGCUACAAUUCCUGGCAAGAAGAAGUGAGUCUCUAAAAAAAAUUGAUGCUUUCUCUUCCCAUUAAAAAAUAACUCUUUCUUCACCCCGAUAGGAUACAGUUUUGGAAGGGCAAAUGACAGAACUACUAAGUCGAGAAGAAAAAUGUUAAUUGGAAUUUAAAAGGGAAAGUAAAGUAGAAAAUGGGAAAAAAUGCAUUUUGUGUCAGCACUUUUGUCUGGUUCUAUAGAUGAGACUUAACUUGAAUUGCUUUUGAUUGUGAUUUGUGGAAAAGAUGCUCGUAUGGCAUGCAGGUAAGCUGAACAUUUGGGUCAGGUGGAGCGAACUUUUCUCGUGUGGACCCAAGCUGGUGGAGCCAUCCUUGCUAACAGGGAUUGAUUGUGUAUAUAGAAAAGGCGCGGUGUAUUGUAGAAAUAGCUUCCAUCAGCACACAGUCUAAAGCUUGUGGCAUUGAGCAAAAUUAAAAGCAACGCGCAAUAAAUGGCAUCAGAAAUGAAUUAAAAAUCUAAUUCAGUAAUUUCAUUCUUAAAAUUCAUCAAUUUUGGCAGUUGCUUUAUACCAAAUGAUAGUUUGAUAUUUAACAGCUAGGCAAGAUGAGCUGUCUGUUGACAGAAGCUUUAUAUUGCGGCACACUGAAAACAGCUCGGUGAAGCCCGGAAAACAGUCUGUUAUACUGAGCCAGAUCAUUCUAUUUGAAAGGCCCUUUGAAAAACAGAAAUGUCCUCCUUUUAUAGAAUUUGAAAAAGUUCACAUAUUGCGACUAAAAAUUACAGGCAAUUAUUUGGCAUAUGCUGAAAUUUUUUAUUUUAGACAUUAAAUGAAGGUACGCAUUGAAAAGUAGGAAAACAACACUGAAUCGAGCCACUCUGUUUAUUGAGAAGGCGCGACAAGAGACGGUGCAUGAAAAAAGAAGUCAGCCUCUAUCUCUACCAACGUCAAUUUAACAUUAACUAUUAAUCGGAUAUUUUCGCACUAUAGAAAGAGAUGAUAAUCUCAGCUUGAAUAAUGAUAGCAUGGACCAGCAAUCAAAUCCAAGAGAUCAGUAAUUUUAUUGGAUCAUAAUUCACUUUCCCAUUCAAACUUUAGUCAAUUAAAUGAAGCAUACAAUCAGCAUAUAAAAAGAGAUUUGCAAUAGCUUUUUAGUUCAAGAUUUAUCCUACCAUUGAGAGAACAAGAUGGCAAGACAAGUUGAGAAAAUUUUUAUGUUCAUUUCAUUAGCUUUACCUUUGAUGGUACAAGACUUGUUUGCAGCAAACAGAGAGUUUCAGAUAACAAAUACUUAUUAUAUUCGCCAUUUUGAUGGAAAGUGCGUAGAGUACGAUGACGCACGUCAGGUCCUGGUUUACGGUCGACUUUGCCGAGAAAAGUUCGAAUGGCAGGGAGGAGCAAGACUCAUCCAUAUACCAACAAAGAAAUGCAUCACUGUCAAUGCCACAAGCGAUGGAAGCUUUUUGUCUUUGUCAAGCCAGUGCAGUGGCACAAACAGUUUGUUCCAAUAUGAUGAAAACAACCGUGUAAUCUGGCAUCUUUUCACUAACAAAUGUUUGCAUCCAGAAACUGGAAAUGCUGAUCCUGCAAUUAAUACUGCAAUUGUCCUGAAGUCAGGCUGCGACGAAAACAUAAACAAAUUCUACUUCAGAAAGAAAGCCUACUAUAUCAUCCGGCAUUUUGGUGGACUAUGUUGGGUUUAUAACUCUGCAGAGAACUUGAUCAAACUGGUGAAUCCAUUUGCUUGUGAUCGCUUUGAGUAUUUGAAUAAUUACCAUUUGAGGCACGUUGAAACCGGCAAAUGUGUUAUUUUCUCAAGUUCAUAUAUACGACUGACUGACGACUGUGAGUCUCCAGAAACAAUUUACAAACUGAACCAGAAUUCACUACUGCAGCAUGGAGCCAGCAAGUGUGUACAUCCAUACACAGAGAAAUUGAAUCCUCCCAUUGGAGACCGGCUUUUGGUGUAUAAUGAUGGAUGCACUGACGAGGACCGCUUCAGAUUCUCUUUAAAUGACGAUAAAGACAUUCUUCAAGUUAAGAUUGUCUCCGAAACAUGCGAGGAUCUUAAAGGAAAAGAUUUUUGCAACGCUUCAAAAGGUCAUGUGAUUGUCAAUGGUGGCCAAUACAGUUUCAAUGGACGUGGCAUCAAUGUUGUUCUUUUUGAUUACCGAAGUGGUUUGUUCGAGCACAGAGCAACUUAUGACAUUUACGGUAGUCAAACCCACAGACAUAGCUUGGUGACAUUUUUAAACAAACUACCAUCAGAAAAAUUAUUUUUCAUGUCAGCAAAGGAUGCAGUUAUCAUAGAUGGCCAUUUGGCUCUAGCGCUACAAAAGGUCGGUGUUUCUGCAACAUUUGCAACUGCCCCUGUUCCAAAUAUCUUUAUGUCUUUGGCAUUUGUUGGUUAUACAGGACAAGUGAGAAAAGAUUGGGAGAAAACUGUAAACAAGAUUGGAGGAUCAGGGGCUUCGAUUAUCGAAGUUAGCAUCAAAACGUUUCAUGAACGGGAUGGAAUUGAUGAUUGUUCAAAUGAACUUGGAGUGCGAACCAGUAAAAUACCGGAUUCUAGUUUUUUCGCAAGAAAUACCUUUGAUGAUUUAACUUUCCAUCAACCAUACAGGGCAAGGUUGCAUCUUAAAAUGCCUGGCUGGUGUUCAUCUGUAAAUGUGCCUGUAUCUGAAUACUUGCAGAUAGAUCUCGGCAUCACAAAAAUAGUUAGUGGUGUUGCACUUCAAGGUCAUGGCCAGGGGAUCCCCCACGUAAUCUUGAAAUAUGCAAUAGAAUACAGUCAAAAUGGUUUAGAAUGGCAGUUCUACAAAAAUGAUUCAAACUCUAUUAGGGUGUUUCACGGAAUAUGGGAAGAUCAUAUAAACGAGCUGGAAACAAGGGUUAGCUGGUUCAAUGCCAUUAAAGCAAGAUUUAUCAGAGUUGUUCCUACAGCAAGGUUAUCCCCAAUAAACAUAAAUUGCCUAAGAAUAGAAUUGUUUGGAUGUUCCGUGUCAAAAACUCUUCUGAGCAUGGAAUGGUCACCAUCGUCAAACUUGUCUAUCAAUGAUGGUUUUAAGGGGUUUUUCUCUGUUUUGGGUAUUAUGAAGAGUAACUUGACAACAGGAUUAUCGUCAGCGUCUGAUAAUGAAAGCCUUGCAAUGGCCAGUGACCAGUUUCAUUUUUAUAAAAUGAAUGCAUCGACAACACUUGAUAACGGAACAGUGAUACCAAACAAAGGAGUUGUAAGCUUGGUAACAGACCCGACGAGGAAAAUUGACAGUGCAGGCAUUGCUCAAUUUCUAAUAAAAGAAGAAAGUUACUUUGCUUUUAAAGUCAACUUUGCUGGAAAGGUACUAGAUUCAUGCCUUUCAACGGGACCGAGGGAGGUGGUAGUGAGCACAGAAAAUAAUAACGGGAUUAAUGUGCUUUCCAAACCUCAAAAUAUCAAAAGACAUCAAUCUGACAGAAGCAGCCUUCAAUUGAAUGUCACUACAGAAAAUUUGGAUAAUUUAGUUAAUAAUGGUUAUUUCCAUUUGAAUCUUUCUAUUUCUCAUUUGCCUGGAAAAAGCAACUCAAAUGCUUAUGGAGUCAGCAUUAUGAUUUACUUCAAUAUCAAAUUUCUUCAAUUCAAGUCAAUGGCAUUUCUAAACACAAGUCGCUUCAGUCUACCCCCUUCCAGAAACACAACCACGCCUGGGUUUAUUAUGAUUCAGACUGAUACACUGUGGCUGCUGAACAGGCAGGAAUUUUCGAUAAUACUUCAGGCAAAAUAUCCAAAGUCUAUAACAAGAGGAGAAAACUGCAAUGAAGAUAUCAUCAUUGAUUUUGCGUAUAAGAACAACUUGGCAAAGUUCAAUGGAACUGUUAACUCUGUGUUAAAGAAGAAUGUGCCUUUUAAAUGCAAGAUUGACCAGACUAAAGAUAUCAGGGUGAAAUCAGCGAGGUUGCCGUCACCUGAAUUCAGCAUGGUUUAUGACGAUGUGAAUCAACAAUUCUUUUUCUGUUACCAAAGGAAAACAUACAUGACAAAAAACUCCAGUAUUUGCUUUUCACGAGAAAAGAACAACACGUUUUGGAAAACUAUUCCUUACAUUUCCGCGGUAACAGGAAUGGAUGUCGAGAAAAGAGUUCUUUAUGGGUUAGAACGAGUAGGGAAGUCAUAUGUCAAAUCUCCUUAUCCGUUUGCUCUUUACAGCCAGAUAGAGGACACUGAAUGGACAUCAGCUAAAGAUCAACCUCAAAUGAGACUUUCUUCACAGUGCCAUUCCAUAUCUUUAUUAUCUUCCUAUAUAUCUGAUCCAUGGAUAAUAACAGUAGUGAAAAAGCUAGCUUUUGCUGGGACAUCUCACGGAAUAUUAACGAAAACCAAUGAACUUCCUUGGAAAAGGAUUGUUUUCUGGAAGUGAUUUUUCUAAUUAAUUUCCAAAAUUUGUCUUCUGUAUGACUAUAUGUAAAUAUGUAAUUAAAAAUGUUGUUGCACUUUAAGAGAACAUUGACAAUAUUUUAAUAAGUCGUUAAUAUGGUUGUAACUUUGAAGAGUUUUCCUUUCCGUUUGCAAUUAAUGUUUGAUAU